AUGGGACGGUGGAUUAACAACGUGAUUGGCAGGGCGAUGCCACAGGAUGACCGGGGCGUUCUCCACCUCCCGACCCCGGAGAUCAAGGAGCAGCUCCACGGCAUUCCCGUAAGCUACACCGCCUCGGGAGGGGUGGACGAGAAGACCCGCCAUCGCCUCAUCGGCAACGGCUGGCAUUGGUGUGUGGCCAGUGAGAUGCAGGUUUCAUUUCCGGCUUUCCAGACAGUCAUGGAGGAGGUCGAGGAAUGGAAGAACCGUCCGAUGGAGGCCACCGUCCUUCAAGAGGGCCUGGAGAUGGAAAGGCGCUUUGGUAGGCCUUACUUCGACGAGAAGCGGGGCGUCGGAAAGGUGUGCGACUGGCUGCCGCACCGGGGUUUCGGUUACCUGCUCUGCGGCUCGCCGCCCGAGAAAAUCAUCUUUCGGGCGAGCGACGUUCCGAAAGACUACCUCGCGUCGAAGGGUGGCAAGGUGCCCAUGGAGGCAGACGUCGAGUUCAAUCUCGCCGGCACCUGGAGGGGAAGGAAGCGAGCGAAAGACCUGGUCUUUCCCAUGGCCGGGACCUUCGCAGAGCUCGGACUGAAGCCCGAGGUUAUCGAAGGAGCUGCGAACUCGCUCGGCCUUGACCCCCGUGAGAACCCGGAAGCUCCAGCGCUGCUGAAUCCAGCGCCUGUCCAGCAAGAAGCCAUCCCCUAUAUCCUGAACGGUGACAACAUUGUCAUCGCUGCGGAGACUGGAUCGGGGAAGAGCCUUGCGUACAUGCUGCCGAUGGUGCAGAUCAUUCGUGGAAUGGCGCAGGCGAGGAACAUGGACUACGGCUUGGCGUACCGGGCUGGCUGUCCCCUGGCUCUCGCGAUCUGCCCGACCCGGGAGUUGGCGAUACAG